CCGCCGAAAUGAGUAAAUAAAGUGAGGAGGUUUCUCUUCUUCACUCUUAACAUUACAUUCAUUCUCUCUCUACAACUUCUCUCUCUAAAAAAAAAAGAACAUUAGUAAAAAUGGAGGAACCCUUGAAAAAUCAACAAUCAUCUUCAUCUUUUGGUAAAUCGAAGCUUAGGUAUCCACUGCGAUCUGCUUCGAAAGUGAAGGAUGAAACUAAUAAAUCACCUGAAAUUGCAAGUAAUUCGUCCUCUAAAAGAGGGAGGACUUCCAACAUGAGUAAAAGUGUGAGUGUUCUUGAGCUCUCGGGCAAAGACAAGGAGAAAGCUGCCAAGCCACCAAGGAGGCUGUCAAUUCCUUCAAAAUCAACUGUGACCCCUCGGCAGAAAUCUGCUAGCAACAUCACUCCGAUUUCAGAAACUCGGUCGAAGAGAUUGGCUUAUGCACAGGAAAGAUGUGAGACGCCACAAUCUGAUGUUUCUAGGUCAUCGACACGUAGGAAGUUCAACAUCCUGUCAUCAGCAUCAUAUUGGCUAUCACAAAUUAAGCUCUCAGAGUCUGCUAACAAACACUCGAUUUCUCUUGCCUUUUUCAAGCUAGCCCUUGAAGCAGGAUCCGAGCCAAUGCAGCGACUGCGUGAGGAGCUAAAAUCCUAUGUGCUGAGGCACAACCUUGGUGAACUUGGAGAGAAUGUCAAAAGCUUAUUUGACAGCUAUGAAAUCUCAGAAACUGUAGAACAAUUGCAAGAAUCUGUAAACUGCUCUAAUGUUCCUGAUGAUGCAACUAAUCUCUCGGGUGAGGAUGUCCAGAGCACCUCAUCUACAGCAGCAACCAAAAAGUUCAAAGCGAAACCUCUAAAUACUGACACUCAAGCUUCUUCAGCAAAAGCUUCUUCCAAGGAAAAUCUGCAAAGGCUUAAUACAGUGGCUAAGAUGCGCUCAUCUGUUAACCGUGAUCCUGUUAAACCGAGACCAGUAACAGAAACUACGGCCAACAACAUCAAGAAGAAAGUUCAAAAGACAGGAAAGCAAGAGUCAAAUAAUAGUGAGAAGAUCAAGAAGCAGGAUGAGAAACCAGUCUCCGAACAAGUCACAGCCAAACCACAGGACAUGGAGAAAACACUGGAGGGAAACAAAGAAAACAUGGAUGCUCCUCUUAUGGCAGAGGUAUUUGUCACAGAAGACAAGUAAAGCAUAUUGAUCAGCACCAAGAAUGCUGGCUACUGGCUAUCUAAGAUGUCUUUGAUAUAGUUAGUAUAGGUUUGUCUUCAUUGUUUUUUUAGUGGAGAGCUUUCCUAGUUUCUGUUUGUAGAAAAGAUCAAAUAUCAGUUUGCAGUACAAGAUACAACCCCCCCCCCCCUCCCCUUUUGCCUUUUUCUUUUAGGUGAGCGUGAAUCUUUGCAAAUUUGUGUGUCUCAUAUCGUACAGUGCUAUGUUAAUACUUAAUAUUAGGAUUGCAAUUUAUCGUUGA